UUUCAGAUUGUUUUCAUCCUCUAAUUUUUUUCAGGCCGAAUUUUUCAGAAUUGGUUUUAAAUCAAAUAGUUUCCAUUUAUAGUGCAAAUAUGGUCUGCUUGGCGCUUGCUUUCGCCAUUGAAAAAACCAAGCUACGCAUUAGCCAAUAACUUAAACGAGUAAAUCAUUACUAAAAGCUGGUAAUUGACAUUCAGUUCACAAAAAUCGUAACUUGAUGAUCUAGUUAGUAUGCGUUAGUAUACCUUACGUGAUUGUUAUACCUAGUCUGUUUAUUCAACCCCUCCCAAACAGAAGUCUGCAUGCUGAAUCAAUCAUGCAGUGUACUGCAACUUCAAUUCUUUCGAUCGAUCAACUCGGAGUCGAACAGGAACAUAAUCGGCAGCUUGGCCAAAAUAUUUGGAUCCCAAGCAACGAGGCUAUUCCCAUUUUGUUCGACAACUCGGAUAUCGCGCCCGUGGACUUCUCUUGGACUGGCGAUGCCGACGGGGCUGUGUCGGUGACGUGGUCGCCAAUGAUUCAAGGAAGUUACGCAAUCCAGUGUUACUUCCUAAUUUUGAUCCAGUCUCUCUGCAAACACCCAAAGUCAAUCAAAUCAGAUGAAGGCCGAACUUUGUCUGUCUACGCUUUCUCGGUGGACCCAAAAGUGACACAGUUCUCUUCCAAUCUGGGUCAGCUGAGAAGACACUGCAGCUACUCUCUGUCUGUAGUGGCUCAAAAUCAAAAUACCAGCAUGGACCAGAAACUGCAGGCGGCAAAUGAAAGGAAUGAAGAUAUCAAGCUGAGCAAACUUCACUUGGAAAAUUUUACUAUUGGCGACUUAGAAGGAGAAGCCGAUCCCUCUAGCCCCUCCUUUCUCAAUUUCUUAGACAUGGACAGUCUAGUGAUUUUUCUGGCCUUCGUUUUCUGGGCUCUCCUAAUCUCCACCUUCUUCAAGGAGUGGGGGGCAAUCAAGAACCUACAGCCCCGCGAGAUUUCACGCCGACCGGCGCCUUACCCCCACAACGUCUCAGACGUCAAGGUGAUUCAACGCGAGCGUGAAAGCGUGAUCAACUGUCGAAGUCCCGACUGCUACUCGUCACGAAUCGAAAAGUUCUCCAAAAUGAGGCAGUUUAGACACUCGGCUAAUAAAAUGUCCAAUCGUUCACUAAACAACCCCGCGACCUUCACUCGGCCGAACGACCAGGCACCCGAAAUGACAGUUUCAAACACCGAGAUAAGAAUCGAAGACGCCAGUGAUCCAGAAUUUAACGUCAUUUAGAAUCAUUCGCCAUUCCGUACUAGCCAGUCCAAACUCAUUCAUUCCUCAAUUUUGCUCUAGUUUUCGGUGUUCUUACUAGUUAUUCCGUGAUAAAA